GCGCCGGCCUGGCCUGGCCUGGCUGAGGGGAGGUGGCGGGAGGGCGCUAUGGCGGAGGCCGGGCCGCAGGCGCCGCCGCCCCCGGGCACACCAAGCCGGCACGAGAAGAGUUUGGGACUUCUCACUACCAAGUUCGUGUCGCUUCUGCAGGAGGCAAAGGACGGCGUGCUUGACCUCAAGCUGACUACUCCAGACCAAGUCUCACCUGAGAGUGGGGCUGAGCAUUCCCCACUCUCUUCUGCCUGCCAGGCAGCUGACACCCUAGCUGUUCGCCAGAAGCGGCGGAUUUAUGACAUUACUAACGUGCUGGAAGGUAUCGGGCUGAUCGAGAAAAAAUCCAAGAAUAGCAUCCAGUGGAAGGGCGUGGGGCCUGGCUGCAAUACCCGGGAGAUCGCGGACAAGCUGAUUGAGCUCAAGGCAGAGAUCGAGGAGCUGCAGCAGCGAGAGCAAGAACUAGACCAGCACAAGGUGUGGGUGCAGCAGAGCAUCCGGAACGUCACAGAGGACGUGCAGAACAGCUGCUUGGCCUACGUGACUCAUGAGGACAUCUGCAGAUGCUUUGCUGGAGACACCCUCCUUGCCAUCCGGGCCCCGUCGGGCACCAGCCUGGAGGUGCCCAUCCCAGAGGGCCUCAAUGGGCAGAAGAAGUACCAGAUUCACCUGAAGAGCGUAAGUGGCCCCAUCGAGGUGCUGCUGGUGAACAAGGAGGCAUGGAGCUCACCACCUGUGGCGGUGCCUGUGCCGCCACCUGAAGAUCUGCUCCAGAGCCCACCUGCUGUCUCUACUCCUCCGCCUCUGCCCAAGCCUGCUCUGGCCCCGCCCCAGGAUGCCUCACGCCCAAGCAGUCCCCAGGUGACCACCCCCAACCCUGUUCCCGGCAGCACCGAAGCCCAGGGGGUGGCCGGUCCAGCCGCUGAGCUCACAGUGAGUGCUGGCCCUGGAACCGAUAACAAGGACGGUGGUGAGCUCAGCUCCCUCCCGCUGGGCCUGACAGCACUGGACACCCGGCCGCUGCAGUCCUCUGCCCUGUUGGACAGCAGCAGCAGCAGCAGCAGCAAUAGCAGUUCAUCCGGACCCAACCCUUCUACCUCCUUUGAGCCCAUCAAGGCAGACCCCACAGGUGCCAAAGCUGGCCAGCCCCCUGCCAUCAACCAGAGCUCUGCCAGCCAAGUUCUGGAGCUCCCCAAAGAGCUGUCAGAAAUCUUUGAUCCCACUCGAGAGUGCAUGAGCUCAGAGCUCUUGGAGGAGCUGAUGUCCUCAGAAGUGUUUGCACCCCUCCUCCGCCUUUCUCCACCCCCUGGAGACCACGAUUACAUCUACAACCUGGAUGAGAGUGAAGGUGUCUGUGACCUCUUUGAUGUGCCUGUUCUCAACCUCUGACUGACAGGGGCAUGCCCUUUGUGGCUGGGACACAGACUGUCUAACCUGGGGGCUGCCUGGGGACCUCCCCCCACCCCACCCCUGCACAGCUUGAGAGCCGUAGACUCCUGGCUUCCCCAGCCUUCCCUCACUGCACAGUUCUGGCCACAAGUCCCACUCCUGCACCAACACCUGAACACCUGUUCUGUGCUGGGAGAGCAGGGAAAAGGGGCUUAGCCCUCUCCGCUGUGGAGCCAAAGUGUUUGCCGCUCCUUUUUGGGGGCCUUCCCCUACCUGGUAGCCUCCCCCGGCCCUCCCAGAGUUCAGUUUCAGCUGCCACCCAGUGGCACAGAUCCAAGGACCCUCCGUCACCCUCCUAGGGCAGCGUGUCCAGCCCCACUGCCCUGUACCUGCCAGCCCCUCCCCCUCCAGGAGGAAGCAUGGAGUGGGGCUGGGCACUUGCCAGCACCUAGCCUAGCCUCCUUCACUUCUCCCCACGCGGAUCACACAGCUCCUUCUGUACCGCUCGUGUGCCCCCUUUCUGCUGGACCCUUGGCCCUGAGAACCUGUUGGGGCAGGCAGGUUGCUAACAGGAGUAAUGGAGAUCUCUAGCUAGGAAUCUGGGCGGGAGAGUCCCUGAGGAUUGGCCCGGCCUCCCUCUGCCCCGCAGUCCCCCUCUUGUUUAUUCAUUUAUCCUCAUUUAGAGCCAUUUGCAGAGAUUUAGAAAGAUUUGCAGUAACGAAUGGAUUCCUAUAUAAAGAUUAUUUUUAUACUUUUUGCAACAAAAGGAAAUUGUAAUAUUUGUACAGUGUCCAAGUGAAUAAAGACCAUGCCU